AUGAGGGUUAACUAUGUAUUUGCAUAUUUCACUAAAUUCGGAAUUUUCUCUUACUCUACAGGGCAUUUAACAUUCGAACGCUCCACCGCCGUACAACGCGAAGAAGAUCGACGUGUUCGCCAACUAGAUCGAUCCUCUUCUUCGACCACAGCCGGUGCAAACAGUCUUCCACAAAGUUUAAUUCGCACAAAGACACCGAAACCGGUACGACACACCGUGUGGAAAUCACGCGGCGAGGAGUAUCGGCGACUUGGUGGAGAUGGCUGGAUGUGGCUGAGCACAACGCGACGCUCACCUGCUGAAGAGUCUAAGGCGGUGACUCUACUUUAUCCUACGAUUAAUGAACUGGCACGCCGUUCAGAAACAAAUCGGCCACGCUGUCGCGGUCUUCAGCAUGGCAUCGGAUGGGGUGCUUGUCCGGAAUAUCUAAAGGUAAAUGGUGCUUCUGUUUUUAAAUUAAUAUUUCCUAAAGGAUAUGAGCCGAUCAAAGUUCAUUCAUCUGGAGCGAAUCUGCCUGUCACCUGA